AGUUAAAACCACAAAGGGUGAGGAGGAAGUCACCAUAAAGUCAGAAAAAUAACUGCUUUGCUAAUAUAUUUGAUUUUUUUUUUGUAUUUUGUAGGGAUUGAGUUGAGCCUACAUAAAUUCACUUCUCAGAUUUCUGUGUAAGAAUCUAACAAUAGUAAAGUUAGUUAUCUCCUUGCCACAGAGUUCAAUCUCCAGCAUGUACAUGUGGCCACUGCUGAUAAACAAACUGUUUAGUUUUCUGUAAUAGCAGUUGAAAAUAUGAAGUGAAGGAGAUGCCUGAUAAUUUCCCACUUGGCUGAAUUCCAGGAAACCGGUGAUCUUUUUGGGGGAUAAAGAAUAAUUCACAACUUAAAAUUGUGGACUAACAAAGUUUAGUGGAAAGGAGAAUGGUUAACAUUACUUCAUAUGUGUUCAGUGAGAAGAGGCCCAAAAAUCCAACCCUAGACAACUUCGAAGCAGAAGAGAAGCAAAGUGAAAUGGAUUCAUCUAUUCCUAAUCUUGUCACUGAGUAUGAAGAAUUUAAACCAUCAACAGAAAUUGACAUUGCUCCAGGUGAAAGGAGAAAAUUUAUACAACCAAAUUCACUCAAGGAUCCGAAAUUGGAUCAAUUAAUGACGUUUCUCAUUGACUGGAUCAAUGCUACAUUGAAGCAGGAUCAUAUUGUUGUCCAAUCAUUGGAGGAAGACCUAUAUGAUGGAUUAGUACUACACCAUCUGCUAGCACAUUUAGGAAACAUCAAGCUGGAUGUGGAGGAAAUUGCUGUGUCUGCCAAUGCACAGAAACAGAAACUACGUGUCAUAUUGGAUACUGUAAACCAACUUCUACAAAUUACAGAUGAUCAUAAUCUGAACUGGAGUACUGAAUUAAUCCAUAAAAAGGAUUUGGUCUCCACAUUGCAUCUUUUGGUCGCCAUUGUGAAACACUUCAAUCCUGACAUUGACCUUCCGCAAAAUGUGUGUGUGGAAACACUCGUACUUGAGAUUGACAAAACAGGAAUAAAGACGGUAAAUCAGUUGGAAUAUUUCACAGGCAAAAGUGAUGAUACAGAACAAGACCAAAAUCCAGAAGCUGAUGGCAUUAAUGACCUCUUUAAACUUGGGUCCGACAAAGUGAAAAUAGUACAGCAGGCAAUACUUCAUUUCGCUAACAAACAUUUGGGUCGUUUGGGCGUGGUUGUGAAAGACCUCACCACACAGUUUUCCAAUGGGGUGAUCCUGAUUCUGUUAAUUGGGCAGCUAGAAGGCUACUUCAUUCACCUGAGCGAAUAUUUUUUAAAUCCUUCAGAUUACAACGAAAAGCUUUACAAUGUUACAUUUGUGGUGAAACUUCUUAAAGAGAGAGGACUGUUGAAGCACCCAAUUGAUCCUGCAGAUGUUGUAAAUCUGGACAGUAAAGCCACGAUCCGAAUCUUGCAUUGUUUGUUUGCAAAGUACAAGGACAAGUGAAGGAGAGCAUAGCACUUCCUAGCAGCUUGAAAGCAACCUUCAAAUGCCAGGAGUCGAUUGAGUGAAAAAAAUUAACUGUAACACAGAGGUUUAGAGACUUGUACAUAGUCUGUUGAAUGAAUUCCAGAAACUGCCUUUUUCUAUCUUUACAGAAUUAGGCAAAAUUAUCAAGCAGCACAUUUAAGAAUGCUGAAACUUUACAAUUUUUAUACGAUUUGCAAAUAGACAACACCAAGGAGUAAAAUCAUUGUAAUGAAAAAGGGUUCAAUGACAAGGCUCCUAAUUAAUAUAAAGCAAUUAAACCAAGAACAUUAAAAAUUGAAUUUCACUAA